AUGGCUUUGCGUGGGCUCGAACCUAAUGCGUUCCUUGGGGCCAAGAUGGUUGCAAUGUAUGCAAGCUCAGAUGAUCUUGACUCAGCGGUUAAUAUCUUUCAUAGAGUAAAUAACCCGUCUACACUUUUGUAUAAUUCGAUUAUUCGGGCAUAUACUCUGUGUGGCUACUCUCAGAAAACGAUUGAAAUUUAUGGUCAAAUGCAUCGUUUAGGCCUUAAAGGUGAUAACUUUACGUACCCUUUUGUUCUUAAGUGUUGUGCUAACUUGUCGAGCAUUUGGUUAGGAAAAUGUGUUCAUAGUCUCAGCUUGAGAAUUGGGUUGGAGUCUGAUAUGUAUGUUGGGACUUCUUUGAUUGUUAUGUACGUGAAAUGUGGUGAAAUGAGCGAUGCUCGUAGUUUGUUCGAUAAAAUGACUGUGAGGGACGUUUCUUCUUGGAAUGCAUUGAUUGCGGGGUACAUGAAAGAUGGAGAGAUUUGUUCUGCUGAGGAUUUGUUUAGACGAAUGCCAUGCAAAAACAUUGUGUCUUGGACUGCUAUGAUAUCGGGAUACACUCAAAAUGGGCUUGCUGAGCAAGCAUUGGUUUUAUUUGAUGAGAUGUUGAGAAAAGAUUCAGAGGUUAAGCCCAACUGGGUGACUAUAAUGAGUGUUCUUCCUGCAUGUGCACAUUCAGCUGCCCUUGAGCGUGGGAGACAAAUUCACAAUUUUGCUAGCAGGGAUUGGACACAGGACAAUAUUAAAAAAACUAGAAAACCCACCUGCUCUCUCACUGCACUCUCUUGGCAAUAUCCGAAUGAAAGAGUGAUUAAAAUCAAUACCGACGAGUGCGGAAAAGGUGAGGAUGGACGCAUUGCUGCUGGGGGUGUACUAAGAGAUAGUUCUUGGCAGUGGAUGAGAGGCUUUGCUGUCAAUCUUGGUGUAGGACAAGUCUUGGAAGCUGAGUUAUGGGACAUCAAUCUUGGACUGAAAAUUGCAUAUAGGUUGCAGUGCAGUUGUGCUUGA